ACCACCGCGACGCCCACGAAUAUACGCCGUUCACCCUCCUUCGAACUCGGACGCUAGCUUCAUAGUCGACUGUGAGAAAUACACGAGGAUAGACAUGCAAUCCAAAUUUACACAAGUUCUUCUCAGUUUUGUGCUUGUGUUUACACUCGCCGUUUAUUCAGGAGAAGCCAUAAAAUGCUACGAAUGCAUAGCCGUAGGUUCGGGAACUAACGAGUGUAAUGGUGACAUUGUAGCUAAAUCUGAUGACAAAAACUACGUCGUCGACUGCGAUUUAUCAACGAUGAAAGCAUUUGAGUCAAAACUACAAAGUAAUCCAACUAUGACUGACAUUUCAAAUCUUUUUGCGGUUGACACGCCUAAAGAGCAUCUAUCGAAGACCAAAAUGCCAAUGUCUUGUCUUAAGAUUCAUCUCAAAGUCGGAGCGGAAAAUGUGUUGGUCAGAACCUGCCAGACUGCUCCAACAGAGGCAGUAAAACCGUGUCAAGUGAUGGAGGAAAAAGCUAAAAAAGAUUAUCGGAGCAGUGCGUCGGUAUUAUCAUGUGACAUUUGCGAAGGUGAUAAAUGCAACGGCUCUGGUACCCAGUCAUCAGCGUUGAUAGUGACGUUUAUUUCUGUAUUGGGCACACUUUCCAUGGGCCUUUCCUACCUAAUGGCGUAACGGAUUAUUUAGUUCGCAGCCUUUAUUGUUCGCACUUACGUCCAAUUACCAUGGCUCGUAUUUGGCUUUGUAUAUCUAAUUGCUGGCAUAAUUUUCUCACAAUGACGCCUUUGAACAGCCUAAGAAACCGACAAAAACAAUAACAACAAUUAAAAACAAGAACAGCAACAAAGAAAAUAUACUUAGUAUAAUAAUAA